AAAUUAAAUUGAAUAUUCCUCUGAUCCCUCGAACGACAACAAAUAUUCACACCUUCACCAGCAUUGUUGCUAACGCAGCCAUGGGAGAUCCUUCAGAAGAGAGCGUUUAAUGCAUCAAUGAUACAAAACCCUAAACAAAACCAGAAGCCCACCUUAAUAGCUCAAGAACCUAGUUCUGAUAGACAGAGAAACAAGAGAAACAAAGAGAAACAAAGAGAUUAUCAUCGGCUUUUCCUGGGGAUGAUUUUGAAAACCUAGUUGGGGUUUUGGAUUGUGCUUGUGCGUUGGCUCUUCUAAAGUCCUGAUAGGAAAGGGGUUUAUUGACUGUUUCUGCCUCUUCUGAGACGAAGAGAGAGGAGGAGGAAGAGAGAAGAUCGCAGCGGUGAACGGAGACGGAGAGAGACGAGGGUUUGAAAGGGAAAAGAUUUUAGUUUUAACCCGCCAUACCUUUUGAGACUCAAAAGCGAUCUUCGUCCUCAGACGUUGGAUCGACGAGUGCCACGUGUCAGCAUCCGAAGGACUCUGCCAGAUCUCGUCUCCACGGACGAUGUUUUCCUAAACAGACCCUUCUCACCUUCUGUUCCUCGUUCUUCCAAAUCCGGUCGCAGGUGAGUCUGUGUUCUCUUCUAAGAGUCUUUUCCAUUUCUUUCUUGAUGAGAAGGGAGGCCCAAAAUGCUUCUUAUGGGAUUGAGUGAAUCCACAAUGUGGAAGGGAGUGGGAAAGCAUUCAUUCGUGUUUCAAAAGAUUUCGGAUAUUGAAGAACUGGAUGAUCCAUUUGGAUUUUCGGGUUGAGCUCUCUUCAUUUUCGGUAGCUUUUUGGGGGUUUUGAGGACUGGGAGAAAUGUUUCAGAGGAUUUGAUGCAGGCCCAUUUCCAAAACAUGUUUGGAAAGCUCCAGCAUUUAGAUGUUAGUCAUUUUCAUGUCCUGUGUUCAACAAAGAAUUCGGGGAAUAUUGGAGGAUCUGUAUUACCAGUAGACGAAAUUGAAUCUGUUAAGAAGCAGAGGGAUGAGAAACUGUUUGAAAAUUUGGUUAUCACGAGCAAGAGAACCGGAAGAAUUUACAGCAAGACCCAUAACAGGAAAACUGAAGAUAUACUCAAACCUGUUGCAGAAAAUCCAAGUUUAGUUCAGAAAACAGACGAGGGGAAGAGAAGGAAACUUGGGGAUUUUGAGAGGCCUGAAAAUAAGAGAAAUGGGGCAGAUAAAAUCAAACCAGAUAAUGAGAAUUCUUCUUAUGCAAAGAGGGGGACCAAGUGUUCAACAAAAUGGGCCACUUAUGGAGGACGCAUUCCAUUAAUCUUGCAAGCUCUAGAAACUUUUAAAGAUCUGGAUGAGGCCUUGAGGCCAUGGGAAGAGAGCCUCAAUAAUAAGGAGAGAAGCAUUAUUCUCAAGGGGCAGUCGAGUUGGGAAAGAGCUCUUGGGAUCUUUGAGUGGUUUAAGAGAAAAGGUUGCUAUGAACUGAAUGUGAUUCACUAUAACAUCAUGCUUUGGAUUCUGGGGAAAGCACAGAGAUGGAACCUUAUUGAGAGCCUCUGGGACGAAAUGGAAACCAAAAAAAUAAUACCCACAAACUCUACCUAUGGAACUUUGAUUGAUGUUUAUGGCAAAGGUGGUCUCAAGGAAGAAGCACUUCUUUGGCUGGAAAAGAUGAAGAAGCAAGGGAUGGAACCUGAUGAGGUAACCAUGGGGAUUGUGGUCCAAACUUACAAGAAGGCAGGAGAGUUUGAAAAGGCUGAGCAGUUCUUUAAGAAGUGGUCAUCUGGUAAAGUAACAAAUAAUGGAGGAAGAACUUCCACGGCUAGUGCUAUGAACAGUUCUGUGUAUCAACCUAAUACCUCUUUCAGCUCACACACGUAUAAUAACUUGAUUGACAUGUAUGGGAAAGCUGGCCAACUUAAGGAAGCAUCUGAUACUUUCACUUGGAUGCUAAGGGAAGGGAUUGUCCCAAACACAAUAACUUUCAAUACAAUGAUUCACAUCUGUGGGAGCCAUGGCCUGUUAGAAGAAGUGGCUUCCUUGAUGCAGAAGAUGGAAGAACUCCAAUGCCCUCCGGACACAAGAACAUAUAACAUUCUUAUUUCUCUCCAUGCAAAGCAUGAUAACAUUUCCAUGGCAGCAAGUUACUUUGCAAAAAUGAAGGCGGCUUGCCUUGAGCCAGACCCUGUGAGUUACCGUACCCUCCUCUAUGCAUUCUCUAUAAGGCAUAUGGUUACAGAAGCUGAAACCCUCGUCUCUGAGAUGGAUAAGAGAGGUCUAGAGAUCGAUGAGUUCACCCAAUCAGCUCUUGUUAGAAUGUACAUUGAUGCUGGCAUGCUCAAGCAGUCAUGGUCUUGGUUUGAGAGGUUUCAUAUGAGGGGGAAGAUGACUUCUGAGUGCUACUCUGCCAACAUUGAUGCAUAUGGAGAGCGGGGCCACACUUUGGAAGCUGAGAAAAUUUUCAUUUAUUGCCAAGAAAGGAACAAGCUAAGUGUCCUUGAGUUCAAUGUGAUGAUCAAAGCAUAUGGAAUAGGGGGAAAAUAUGAUAAGGCAUGUCAGCUGUUCGACAGUAUGGAGAAUCAUGGGAUUUUCCCGGACAUAUGUAGUUAUAGUUCUCUUAUACAAAUUCUAUCCAGUGCUGACAUACCACAAAAAUCAAUACCAUAUGUCAAGAAGAUGCAGAAAACAGGAUUGGUAACUGACUGCAUCCCUUACAGUGCGGUGAUCUCAAGCUUUGCUAAGCAGGGUCAGUUAGAAAUGGCAGAGGGACUAUUCAGAGAGAUGAUUGCAUUUGGGGUAAAACCUGAUGUUGUUGUUUUUGGUGUCUUGAUUAAUGCUUUUUCUGAUGUUGGAAGCGUUAAAGAAGCUAUGAGAUACGUUGAUGCAAUGAGAAAUGCAGGUUUCCCUGGGAAUCCAGUUAUCUAUAACUCUUUGAUCAAGCUGUAUACCAAAGUUGGAUACUUGCAAGAAGCACAAGAAAUAUACAUGCUGCUUCGAUCAUCCGAGGCAGGUCCGGAUAUUUACCCAUCAAAUUGUAUGAUCUAUCUCUACAGUGAACGUAGAAUGGUUGGACGGGCAGAAGAAAUUUUUGAGUACUUGAAACAGAGAGGAGAUGCAAAUGAAUUCUCCUUUGCAAUGAUGUUGUGUAUGUACAGACGAAUUGGAAGGUUUGAAGAAGCAGUCAAGGUCGCCCACCAAAUGCAAGAACAGGGCCUCUUAACUGAAGUCCUGAGUUAUAAUAAUGUGAUUGGUUUAUAUGCAACGGAUGGGAGAUUGAAGGAAGCAGUGGAAACGUUUCAGGAGAUGAUUAAAUCAGGCAUCCAACCUGAUGAUUCUACAUUCAAAUCACUUAGGGUUGUUCUGUUGAAAUGCGGAGUGCCAAAGGAAGUUGUUCGUAGGCUGGAAGUAGCAAGGACAAAGGAUGCUCGGACUGGUUUGAAUUCAUGGAUGUCAAAUCUCUACUCUAUUUUAGGGGCCAAUGAUGAUUCUUGAGUAACACAGUGACAGAAGUUCUGAAUUCUUUCCUCUCAAAGAAAUAUAUCAAGAUAUGAAGCUGGAUGGAUGGAGCUCCAACAGUCCAUGGUAUAUCACAGUACAAGUGGCAGAGAAAUCUACUAACAGUUACAAGGAAUGCAAUUGGUAAGGAUUUUUCUGUUAAACCCACUACAUUUUUUAUGCAACUCUGACCUCGUAUCGUUGCUAAGAAAUGCUGAAUUUAUAAGAGGGGGGGCGGGGUGUGGAGACUGAACAUAGUAUUGGUGAUAUUGGAUGGAAAACCAUUCCUGAUCUGAAGGACGUAUAGAAAGAGAAAUGAUAUAAAGACAAAAUCGGGCCAUUUAGUUCAAGCUUCCUUAGACCAUAUGUUCAAACUGAAACAUGCCCAUCAAACGGACGUAAUUACAUCCAGGGGAGCUUAUCACCGGGUCAUCAGUAUCCCACAAAGAACACCUCCAUCGAAUGUGUUCACUAGUGUGACUCUUAAGCGUGUUGAUUCAAAAGUCGACAUUGUGGUCGUCCAUCACCGCAGUACAGACACAUUAGAUGGCUAUUCGGAAGUGGUCUCUUUCAAAGGUUUGACAAGUUGAAGCUGUUCAAGGAGCCACACCUACUGGGAAGACAAAAGUUAGAGCAAACAAAGAGAUUGUAACUGAAUAGAAAGGUGACCUGGAAAUAUACCUGAAGCCAGAAUGGGCUACCGAAAAAAUACUCCCCAUGA